UACAUUUUAGAAUAUUUCUGAGGAAGCUUUUGAGCAUUUAUUUUUCCAUUUUCCUUUUUACAUAAUUAUCUACUUUGUGUAUUUUUGAGUGAUGGGUAUCGGACAGGGCUACACGGUGAAGCAGUGGUUAGGACUCUCGCCUCACACGGAGAAGACCGUGAGAAUUGGCCUUAAGUGUGAAUGUGUGUGUGAUUGUGUAUCCCUGCAACAGACUGGUGACCUUUUCAGGGUGUACCCCGCUUUCACCCAACAGUAGCUGGGAUAAACUACAGGAGCUCGAUGUCUCCAAAAAGAUUUCAUCGGGUUCAGAGGAUGGAUGGAUGGAUGGAUACUGAACAACCAAAUUUCUCCUGAUGGGAUAAAUGAAGUAUUAUCUAUUCUAUCUAGAGAUUGCCUUCUCUGAAGGUCUGAUUUGUGUGGCCCCUGGGAGAGCUUUCCUGAACUAUGGUUCAGACCAAACCAUAAGUGUGCAUUCACAGCAAGCGUUAAUGAUUGUUCUACUUCCGUUACAACAUGGGAAACGAGGCGUUCAGGUGUGAAUAGAAACUCUGGCCCGGGACCAAGCCAGCGGACUGAGUCCUGCCUUGAAGAGGUGGUCUUGAUCCACUUUCAGAAGGAUAAUUGAAGUGUCACACACUUGUAAUGAAGACGAGAUGCUAUCGUAUGGUCCCCUUACGCCACACUCUAGUCCUUAGAAAAGUGUGAGUACUCGCUCAUCAUCGAAUGCUGCGUGCAUGAGGUGUCCGGUUAGGACGCCCAUACAAAACUGCGCUGAACCCCACAUUGCCUCCCAAUGAGAAGAGGCAAAAUGAGGCAAAUGAUGUCGGCUGUAACAAUCGGAGGGAAUAACAAAAAUAUGGAGUAGAGGUGAAAGAAAGUCUGUUAGACAGAGACGAGCAGGACUGCCUUGUUUUGGUUUCUUUCUGAUCCUGAUCCUCGUCAGCUUAGCUCUGGGCAGUACCACGUCAAAGUGUGGUUCUUGAAAGCUAAUUACUUUUUCCUGAUGGAUUAGUCCACUUUUGCCUUUCAUUCCUUCUUAAAAUCAAUCCAAACUAAAUAAAGAUGCAUGUUUUUUCAGGAGUUAACACUUUUUUAAAUGGAGUCCACAAAAUGUUGACGUGUUCUAAACUUCUACUACCAAAGUUCUACUUUUCUAAAAACUGGGGGUCAGGCUGGCUGUGACUCAGAGGACUGGGGGGGUCCAGUGGUCCUGAAGCUUUUUGCAGGACUGUGCAAGUUUCAGACAUUUUCGGAAGCAUGGAUCCUCACGUUUGUGUCUAAAACUUACGGUUCUGUAAAACGCUCCACGCUGUGGUUUCGUCACGUGGAACUAACUCACUCGCUGUCUGUCUCCACGUCAGCAUGGACACCUUUUUCCGCCGGCACUUUAAGAGAAAAGACGCUACCCUGCAGGUGAAUGCAGAGGUCGGUGCCUGCCGCCAGCGCCGGCCCAGCGUGGCCGUCCCCACCAGCAAGGCCCGGCGCAGGUCUAGCGUCGGACUGCCUUCUUCAGCUCUGACCAGGCGGCGGCGCUCCAGCGUCCAGCUGCAGCCAGAACAGCACAGCGCAGGUGGGGGGAGGGUAGUGAACACAGCUCUGCGUAGCAGGUGGACGGGACAGAACCGUAGACGCUCCAGCACCACCACCCCAGGACUGAACCCGCGGUUCGCCGUGCGCCGGAAGAAGGUGGGGAAGCUGCGGACCAUUGACACUCACUUGCUGGGGCCGUCCAUGCUGCUGGCCAGCCUGAUUCAGAUGGCUGAAGAGGAUGAGGAGGAUGGGGACCUAGUGGAGGGGCUUCCAGCUGGGGAACAGCAGGUGGAGGUGAGGGGCGGGGCCAGCAAUGGGAGGACACAUUCCUGUUCCAGCAGCAUCCACUCAGAUGGAGAUGACAGCAGUGAAUACUCCAACAGCAGCCAAUCAGAGAGCAGCCAGCUCUCAGAGGCGGAGCGUUUACCUGAGGAGGCGGAGGAAGGCUCUUGCUCCCCACCUCCAACACCUUGCUCCCCCUCCACACUGGAAGUGCUGAGAAACCCCCCAACACUGUCGACAUCGCGGCCCCUGAUCCGGGCUCCCCGCUGCCUCCGCAGAAACUCCUCUCAGGUGUUUGUGGGAGAUGCUGCCCCCUGCAGGUGCCUUCAACCCUCCACCCUAAGAAAGAGGAGGAGGAGGAUCUCCACCAUUUCAAGAGCUGGGAGCCCCUGGCCAGGAAGAGGCCACCCAUUGCCCAACCGCAAGAGCUCAGUGUAUUACCUCAACCACCCGGCCCUCUGCAGGGGCCCCGGAGCCCUCAGCCCGCUGGGAGCCGAAUGCUACGACUCGGGGCUGGAAAGUCUGAGUGCCUUUCUGCUGAAAGCCAUCGCAAAGUCUGGCCUGCCGCACAUGGCAACCCAGCCCAAUGUGUCGACGUCCGGGCAGAGCGAUUUACCGCAGCUCAACAGCACCAUCGACUGGAGCGAGAACGCCCAGUACGGGGAGCACAUCUGGUUUGAAGCUAGCGUUUCCGGAGACUUCUGUUACGUCGGGGAGCAGUCCUGCAUCGCCAAAUCUCAGCAAAAGUCUGUGGCAAGGAAGAAGUGUGCUGGUUGUAAGAUAUGUGUGCACGUCACGUGCAUGGAGCAGCUGGAAAAGAUUAACUUUAGGUGUAAACCAUCCUUCAGGGAGCCGGCGUCUCGGGCCGUCAAAGAGGCUAGCGUGGUGCGACAUCACUGGGUCCACCGCAGACGUCAGACGGGGAAGUGUCGGCAGUGCGGGAAGGGCUUCCAGCAGAAGUUCUCGUUUCACAGCAAAGAGAUUGUGGCCAUCAGCUGCUCCUGGUGCAAGCAGGCGUACCACAACAAAGUGACAUGCUUCAUGCUGCAGCAGAUAGAAGAGUGCUGCUCUCUGGGAGCUCACGCUGCUGUCAUCAUCCCCCCCACCUGGAUCAUCAGGGUGCGCAGACCUCAGACCUCUCUGAAGUCCAGCAAAAAGAAGAAACGGACGUCGCUGAAGUGCAACAAGUCGAGCAAGAAAGGAGCAGAAAUCCAAGAUGGACGAUGGAAGCCCUUCCAAGUGAAGCCCCUCCCCUCGCAGCUCAUGAAGCCUCUGCUGGUGUUCGUCAACCCAAAGAGUGGUGGAAAUCAGGGAGCAAAGAUCAUCCAGUCCUUCAUGUGGUACCUGAACCCCCGGCAGGUGUUUGACCUGACAAAAGGAGGACCCAAAGAGGGCCUGGAGUUGUACUCCAAAGUGCCCAACCUGAGGAUCCUGGCCUGUGGGGGGGACGGCACGGUGGGUUGGAUCCUGUCCGUGCUGGACCAGUUAAAUCUCCGGCCUCAGCCGCCUGUGGCCAUCCUUCCUCUGGGAACCGGCAAUGACUUGGCAAGGACGCUCAACUGGGGAGGGGGAUACACGGACGAGCCAAUCACAAAGAUCCUCUCACAUGUGGAGGACGGGAACAUCGUCCAACUGGAUCGAUGGAACUUGGAGGUGGAAGCAAAUCCAGAGGCCCGGCCCGAGGAGAAAGAAGAACAUCAGACUGAUAAGCUACCAAUUGACGUCUUCAACAACUACUUCAGCUUGGGCUUCGACGCUCAUGUGACUCUGGGCUUCCACGAGUCUCGAGAAGCAAAUCCUGAGAAGUUCAACAGCCGCUUCAAGAAUAAGAUGUUCUAUGCAGGGACGGCCUUCUCCGACUUCCUGAGUGGCAGCUCCAAAGACCUGGCCAAGCAUAUCAAAGUGGUGUGUGAUGGCAAUGACCUGACAGCCAAAGUGCAGGAGAUGAAAUUACAGUGCCUCCUAUUCCUUAACAUUCCCAGGUACUGUGCUGGCACCACACCGUGGGGCCACCCCAGUGAACAUCAGGACUUUGAGCCACAGCGUCACGACGACGGCUGCAUCGAGGUCAUCGGCUUCACCAUGACGUCUCUGGCCACGCUACAAGUGGGUGGUCACGGUGAGCGCCUCCAUCAGUGUAAGGAGGUGACACUCACCACCUUCAAGUCCAUCCCCAUGCAGGUGGAUGGUGAGCCCUGCAAGCUGGCCCCAUCCAUCAUCCGCAUUAGCCUGAGGAACCAGGCCAACAUGGUCCAGAAGGCCAAGAGGAGGAUCUCCAUGCCCCAUCUCAACGAUCAGCAGCCUGUUCCUGAGAAGCUGCAGAUCAGGGUGAAUCGGAUCAGCCUGGCAGCGUACGAGGCUCUCCAUUACGACAUGGACCAACUGAAGGAGGCCUCGGCGCUGCUCGGAGUGAUCACCGUCCCCGGAGACAGCGACUUGGAGACGUGCCGCCUGCACAUCGAACGCCUGCAGAGCAACCUGGAGCAGGGUAUAAGUGAGGAUGUGGCCAGGUGUGACAACGAUCAAGAGGAAGAGGAAGAGAAAAGCAAACAAGAGCGGACUCCAUGUCAAACUCUAAAGGCCGAAGACGACGUGAAGGAGGAGAGCCCAUCUUCUCAGAAACUCUCCUCAAAGUGGUGUUUUCUGGACUGUACAACCGCGGAUCGCUUCUACAGGAUCGACCGCGCUCAGGAACACCUGAACUACGUGACUGAGAUCUCUCUGGAAGAACUCUACAUCCUGGACCCCGAGCUGGUCGUCAAGGAGACAGUGGGGACUUCCCCCAGUAUGCCGGACCUGGUGGACUCAGAGGAGCCGCAGGAACAGUUUGCCUUCCCGUCCUCCCCUCCCUCCCCCACCUCUGCCAGCAGGAUGGUUGAAUGUCGGAGAAGAAGAGUUUCCAGCGAUAGUGAAAUGUCCAGCGUUUUGACUCCCCUCUGCAGGAGAGGAGCAAAGAUUAUCAAUGUUCACCGCUCCAACACCACUCUGGCUGCUUUCAGUCCCAUCAUUAGAUCUACCGCAGCUACCUCUCAGAAUGCAAAAGAAGUUUCCUCAGAUGAAGAGCUGAUCAGCUGCAUUAGGGACAAGAACCUGAGCAAGCUGAAGGAGCUCCACCAGCAGGGGGCAGACCUCCUGCUGCAGGACCCAGAUGGCUGCACAUUGCUGCACUAUGCUGUGAAGGCCGGUGACAAGGACAUCGUCAAGUACCUCAUCGAUAACGUGCCCACGUCCCACCUGGACACCGCAGACAGCGAGACAGGAGCCACCGUUCUUCAUAAAGCUGCUGCCAGCUGCCAGAGGAGCAUCUGCCACUUCCUGGUGGAGGCGGGGGCUUCGCUCAUGAAGACCGACCUGCAGGGUGAAACUGCCAAAGACCACGCCGCCAAGUCGAACGACCAGGAUCUGGCUGCUUACCUGGAGAGCCGGCAACAUUACCAGAUGAUCCAGAGAGAGGACCAGGAGACGGCGGUCUGAACCGGCAGCUGGUCCGUCCGACCCCCCCCCCGACCUGUACCAGUUCUGUCUUUUAUUCGUUCAUUCCACACAGAACAAGGAGAAAGGGGCAGAUUCCCUCAAAGACUCCCCUGUUAGCGCUGCUGUGGGACUCUGGAAGCUCCAGAAGCAGUUGGUAGUUUUUAGUAGUGUGUCUGCUUCACAGAGCGGCGUCGUUCUGGAUGCAGCUGCUUUGGAGCGGCCCGGAAAAGCUUCUGCGUUCGAACUGAAAGGCCUCGGGACACUAAAACUGUUUUAAACUAGUUUUUAUUUCCAGACCACAGAUGCUCAGGUCGCCUGUGUCGGGGCGAGGCAGCGAAGAGCAGCAGCUGCUGGUGGAGCGGUGAAGCCUUGGCGCAUCUGUCCGAGCUGCAAAUGCGCCUUCUGUGGAGCUUCUGUGACCUCUGAUGUGUUUGUGUUUUGCUCAGAGACGAGUGUUGCAUAUUUAACAUAAGCAGUGAUGAGUUAAGGUAUUUAUGAUCAGUGCGUAGAGUUAAUUGCGCUGCUUCUGGGCAGACGUUUAGAAGAGUCCCUCGGCUGUGCGGGACGCUUUCGUUGUGGCCUGUAAAUAUCUGCGACUCCAUGUUUGAACGUUCGGAGAGGUUCUGCCAAAGCGCGACAAGCGUGCACGACGAGCAGUGAGCUUCUGCAGCGCUGGGAUGAGAUGAUCCUCACUGCUUUGUUUACUUGUUGCAGCUGUUUGGUUUCACCUUUUCUGAAUAACCUGCAAUAAAGCGCCGCGGCAGCAGCAGCUGUCUGAGCAAAGCUGA